CAGCGGAGGAGGAGGAGGAGGAGGAGGGGUCAGUUCCUUCUCCCUCCCUCUUCCAUCCCUUGAGUGGAAAGAGCGGCCGUGAGACAAACUGACCCCCACGGCAAAAGAACUGCUGUUGAGACCAAGAUGAACCGGUAUAGUAUUUUGACUGGAUUACUCCAAUUGAAUUUUCUUCAACUGGUAAUUUCCCAUUGCAUGGUAUAUCAGAUUCCUCCACAGAGCUUUCAGUUGCCCUGUGUGCCACCAGAGAAGACGUCUAACUUUUCUUUGCCUGCUGGAAUUGCAGAGAAUGGUCCUAUUUUAAGUGAAGAAUAUGGUACAAUUAAAGCCAAUGCCACAGCACUGGUGGCUGAAGAUCAUUUCCUCUGUUGCCGAUGGAGUGUUACACAUAUUAAUUGCUUUGCAUAUACCACAGAAAUGGAAGCCAAGUCAUUUAUUUAUUCAGAAACUGGUACUUUAACAUCUCAGCAAAUAGUAUGGAAUCUACGGUUUUGGACUAAAGAAAAUACAGCGGAUUUAUUUUGUAUUGUGGAAUUGUCUACUAAAUCACCAUACCUGAAUGAAGAUUUUACAGUUAAUCUAUUAUAUGCGUUAACAGGUGUAUCAUUGGAAAGUACCUCUACAAAUUCACUAAAGAAUAAUUUUACAGUCACUCACUGUAAUGCUGUAAAAAAAGAACAAUAUGAAUGUCAGAUACCUUCAGCAGAACUCAACUACACUUACAUAAUGUGGCUCAAGAUCAGAAAUGGAAUAGAAUUGCUGCAGUCACCAUUAAUGUCAGUCAAGCCUAAUGAUAUAGUAAAGCCUGAGCCUCCAUUGUAUCUACGGAUAGAAAUGACAGACAAAGGACAGUUAAAGAUUUCUUGGACAAAGCCAGCAUCAAAAUUAGAUCCAUUUCAGUAUGAAGUAAAAUGUUUCGCAAAUUCCACUAAAAGUGUCUGGCAGAUUGUUGAGAUUACCAUGGAAACAUCAUUGAUCAUAAGCACUGUACCAAUUGAUUCUUCAUAUGUAGUACAAGUUCGGUGCAAGGGUCUUCAUGGAUCAGGUCUUUGGAGUGAUUGGAGUACCCCUUAUAAGAUGAAUCUACAAGAUGUCAUGUACUUUCCUCCAAAGAUCCUAGCAAGUGUUGGAACAAAUGUUUCUUUUUAUUGUAUAUAUAAAACCAAAGACCAAUUAAUCUCAUCCAAGAAGAUAGUGUGGAUGUUAAAUAUAGAAAAUGUAAUCCCUAGGAGUCAGUAUACACUUGUGAAUGACUACAUUUCCAAAGUUACACUGGUCAACUUAAAUGCAAUGAAUCCUGGAGGGAAAUACCUCUUCAAUGCCUUAACCUGUUGUAAUGAAAGCACAGAAUGCAGUCCCUAUUAUGCUGAAUUGUAUAUAAUAGAUGCUAAUAUCAGCAUUGUAUGCGAAACAUAUGGCAACUUAGAAAAUAUGACUUGCAGAUGGUCCACCAAUGCAGACCCACUGCUUUCGGAGAGCACUUUUCUGUUAAGAUACUACAGGAGUGAUGUGUAUUGUUCAGAGUCACCUAGCAUGCCUUCAAAUUCAGAGGUAAAAGAAUGUUAUGCUCAGGGGAAUAAUUCGUAUGAGUGCAUCUUUAAACCAUUUUACCUUCUAUCUGGAUACACAAUGUGGAUAGAAAUUAAGCACUCAUUGGGGACUGUUACAUCACGGCCAGUGUGUAUCCUUCCAAAAGAAGUAGUGAAGCCAUUUUCUCCCUCAACUGUCAAAGUAGAAAUCACAGGGGAACUGGGGAUACUGAAUGUGGGCUGGAAUAUCCCAGAAUUACCAAAGAAUGAUCUUCAGUUUCAGAUUCGAUAUGCCAUCAAUGGAACAGAAAUUAACUGGAAGAUGCAGGAAGUUUCUACUGUAUCAGUUAGUUCUGCCAGUAUAGAUGUGCAGGACCCCUGUGCCGUAUACAUUGUUCAGGUACGCUGCCAUAUGGCUGAUGGAGCAGGCUACUGGAGUGAAUGGAGCCAACCUGCUUAUACAGUUGUUAAAGAUAUCAAAGCUCCUUUGAGAGGACCUGUAUUCUGGAGAACUAUUAGUGACGAUCGAGAAACGAACCAGAAAAACGUUACUCUGUUUUGGAAGCCUUUGAUGAAGGAUCUUUCCUUAUGCAAUGUGCUGGACUAUGUGAUAGAGCAUACUACUUCAGAAAACAUUACUUGGUCUGACUAUGUAGAAAAUGAUGUUACAUAUACAUUUUCAUGGGCAGAAGAUGUACAUACCAUUAAAGUUCUAGCCAUCAACUCAGUGGGAACUUCGUCUGUGAAUUUUAUUUUGACUCUAUCGCAACAAAUGAGCACAGUAAACAUUGUAAAGUCUCUCAGUGUAUACCCAGUAAACAACAGUUGUGUAAUUGUGUCCUGGACACUUUUACCUGUGGCUUAUAUUAUUACAUCUUUUGUAAUUGAAUGGACAAAUAUAAAUGAAGAGCAAAUCAAAUGGAUAAUGGUUCCUUCAAAUAUUAGGAAGUACCAUAUUUUUGAUAAUUUCGUUUUCAUUGAGAAAUACAGAUUUAGUUUGUACCCAAUAAUUUCUGAAGGCGUGAUGAAGCCAGCAAUGACAGAUGGAUUCUCUAAAGGUGAUAUUGAAAAGCAGAAUGAUGUGAACAUCUAUGUGAUUCUACCCUUAGUUAUGUCAUGUUCGGUUUUGCUUCUUGGAGCCCUGCUGAUCUUGCACCAAAGAAUGAAGAAAUUAUACUGGGAUGAUGUCCCAAACCCCAAGAAUUGUUCCUGGGCACAAGGAGUUAAUUUCCGCAAGAGAAUGGACAUUCUUUGAAGUCUAAUCAUGGUCACUGCCCGCUGAACCAUUGUGACAGCUCCCAGACUUCAUAUACAGAGUUGUUAGAAGAAUUACCUAUUUGAAUUCAGAAGACAGAAUUACUUACAUAUCAUUUCGUUAUCUGCUGACUUGUUCAUACAUAACAGUGUUGAAAAUAAUUUUGUUCAAAAGUUAUAUUAAUGGUCUACAAUUAUGAGAACACUGUCCAUAUUUUAGUCCCAGUCAGGGUUUGCUCCGUGUAAAAGGAACAUAUGGAGAUUGAAGUUAGAAGGACAGUGUGUGGCAUGCUGCAUUCAUUUCACCCUAAUAAACCAACUUUAGCUGGCAUGUUCCUCACAUUAUGCACUGAGUAGACCACAAGCAGUUGAGCAUUAAUUAUUGGAGGUCAUGAAGUAGAUUGGGGACA